AUAAAAUUAAAUUAAAAUAUUUAACAAUUAUAUAUAAACUUCAUCUCUAAAAUCAACUAUGCAGGCAUAAAAAUAUAAUACUGCUUCUUGAUUUCCAAAAUAAAAAUAAGAUAAAAUCAAAUUUUUCUAUUUAGGACUUUACUUUGUCAAUCGACUAAUAAAACCCAAAAAAAAAGAAAGGACUUCCCCAAUGAAAUGUAUCUAUCGGAUCUCGGAUGUAUAUCGAUAUACGAGAAUUGAAUAUAAAAAAUUUCUAGAAUCUCUCAAAGAUUCCAAUUAGUACAUACGACAAAUAUUUCAUCGAAGAGAAAAGAUGGAGAAAGAACACCCUUAUAAUACGUAUUGUCCAAUGUACCGAUUGACUAUUAAAUAAAGAAUUACUCGGAUGUCUAUCAGGUUCUAAGGCCAUGUUCCGAAAUUCUGCUAGUUUUAAAAAUCUAUAAGACAUGUUACGUAUAAACUAUAGAUCUCCAGUACUGACAGUGAAUUUUAGAAUACGGCCGUAAUUUUAUCUUUUGUGUGGGUGAAGGAAAAAUCACAAUGGCUGCCACCAAGUUAUGAGCUUGGUUGUAAGAAUUCUGUAAUGUAAACGGGGAGAAAACAAUUCGCGAAUGUUUAGUAAAACGAAUUCGUUGAUUUGUUUUCUGUAGAAAUGGCAGGUUUAGAGGGCUAUGAGAGUGUAUAUCGAGGUCGGUCCGUUAGAUCGUGGGAGAUGAAUGCGCCCUAUCCACAAAAGUAUCACGGUCGAGAGGUUAUCCGUCCUCUAGAUAUACCUGUUAUGCAUCCUCUGGCAGAAGACAAUCCGCCGAUUGUCGACGAUGACACUACUGUGAGCAAGUAUGUGGGAUUAGGUUGUGGAUUGGCGAGCUUAAUUACAGGAAAUCUGUUAAUACAUCCUUUUGUGGUAUUGCGAAGACAGUGUCAGGUUAAUCCAGGCGCAACAAAAUAUCAUUUAAUGCCCAUAACUUUAGUUCCAGUAAUAGUACGUUUACAUCAGACUCAAGGUAUAAAUACACUGUGGAAAGGAAUUGGUUCGGUAUUACUUGUGAGAGGCAUGACAUUGGCAAUCGAGGAUUUGAUUUCAAAGAUCACACCGUGGCCAAAGAAGAUUACUUGUAACAGCUCUUUUAAAGCAUUUGGUCAACAUAUCCUUCUCAAAUGUGUCUCCAUAGCUAUAGUGACUCCUUUUUAUUCUGCAUCUCUUGUGGAGACAGUCCAGUCCGAGAUUGCUUCUGAAUGUCCUGGAAUCCUGGAUGUUUUUCGUGAUGGUGCAAUUCGGCUACUGGAUGUAUGUAAUAAGGGUAGACUUAUUCCUAUUUAUGCCCUUGUACCACCUACUAUAGUUUACGAAGUAUCAAAAUAUCUUUUUACUCUAAUUGUGAGAGGAGUAUCUAGUCGAGUUAUGCAUGUCAGGCAUAAACAUUCGCAGGAGGCAAGAGGCGCAUACAGUAAAGAUUUAUUAUCUGAAAGUGUUGUCCAAGAUAUAGAAUUGCAAUCUAUCCUUAUAUCAACGUGUGCUGCAGAUGUCGUGUUUUAUCCUCUUGAAACUGUUAUUCAUCGAUUACAUCUUCAAGGUACACGCACCAUUAUUGAUAACUUAGACACUGGAAGAAGCGUUACACCAUUAUUAACCGGAUAUAGCAGUGCGGCUGAUUGUUAUCGUACAAUAAUCUCGACCGAAGGACCACUUGGUUUGUAUAAAGGAUUCGGUGCUCUUAUUAUGCAAUUCGCAGUACAUUUCAUUGUAUUGCGUACGACGAAAUGGCUUUUGACAGAAUUAGGCACGAUGCUGAUGCCGAAACCUAAGUCAAUAAAGCCACAGAAAUCUCCAUAUUAUAAUGAAAUAUGAAAAAAAGUAUCAUUUGUAACAAACUAUUGUAAAAUAUAUAUACGGAAUUAUUUAUUAAUUUCUAACAAAGAUAAUUUCUAUCACAGUCUUUAAUGAUUCUGAUGAAUUAAGAUUUUGCAAUUGUUUUCAUAAUAUUUUUUCAUUUUGUUACUGGUAACGAAAUAUUUGAAAGUAUAAAUUGUGUGCAUUGUUUUCUAUCUCUGUAUUGUGCGUUUUACAAGCGCGAUACAAAUUAAAUAGGAGAUUAAAUAAAUCUAUAUAUAUAUAAAUUUUUUUAAUAUUAUAAGUAAAAUUGGAAUAUGGACAAUACUUGUAAAUAGUCAUUUUCAUAUGACAUAGUCAUUAUUUUCACCAAAAUCAAUUUCUAUAUACCAUGAAAUGUGUAAUUAUGUGAUGUAAUUUUAUUAGAAUAUUAUGUUGAUAUAUAAAUAUUAUAAACCAUUUAUAAGG